UAUAUUUAUAUUUCUUCUACUGCGACUUCUAUACGAAUCCGUGAGGUUUUAACCAUUUUUAAUAAUUUCAGACUUUUAAGAUUUAAAAAUAAGUGUAUCAUUUUAUAAACGUGUAUAUGGACUUUUAAUCUUAAACACAGGCAUAUAAUGUAGAUAUUCAAAGAAAAUGAACGAAACAAAUAAUUAAUCAUUGAUUGAAGAUGGAUGCUGGACUAUUAAACUCUGAUACUUCAAUUGCUGAAGACGUCUUGGGCAUACAGAAAUCGUUGGACGACCUAAAAGACAAUUUGUGUCUACAGCAAGAUGUCGUUGCGCGAGAUUUCGAAACACGAUUACGUCACGCUUAUGAUGACGUCAUAACUGAUAUAAAUCAAAUACGAGACAGGGUAAACUGUCUAGGCAGCGGAUACGCGUCGGAAUCGGAACUACUUUCAUGUAAUCCAAAACGUUCCAAUAAAACUAACGCCAAUGAAUUUAAAUACAAAAAGAAUAAGGUUAAAAAAUCAAAUUUAAGAUACAGCAGGUCUGUGGAUUUUUCUGAAACCAUAGAUUUGACAGAUGGUCUCAAACGAUUUAUUCCGAUUGAACGAAGAUUCGGUCAAAGUCUACGAAGUUUGUGUGCGAGUUCAGUGAGUAUUUGGUCGAGUGUGAAGUGUAGAGCGCACGUGCCAGGAUACGGAUGUUGUUUCCAUGGAGACGGAAAAACGCUGCCCUAUCGAUCAUACACUCCUUGGUAUGCUGAACGAAGAGUCCGAUCAGUAUCAACUGCAAGCUUCGACAGCGUGCUAGACCACGAUUGCCCAUGGAGUUCCUGUGAUGACGUCACAGAUGACAACGCAUUUUGUGACGUCAGUCAUGACUGGAGAGUUAAGGUCGCUCCUCAUAUGUGGGAAGGUUGGCCAGUGCCAGGAGUAGGACCAUGUGAAUUGGAAAAGGCCCGGAUGUUACUCAAAAGGUUCAAAGAAAUGAAACACGAAAUCCUAGUUGCCCACAACGAAUGUCGAAAACUGCACGGGUCACGGGAAGUCGUCAAGUCCAAAUCUUUGUCACGUGACGCUCAGAGGUGGGCGGAAGCAGUAGCUGCGCGCGGAUAUGCGCAGUACAGCGAUACUUCCGAUCGAGGCGAAAACAUUUUGGUUUUAGAUCUUGAAUCGGAAAUAAAUUUAACCGGAAAUGACGUAGUCCACACAUGGUAUAGAGAAAGCAAGAAUUACUCAUACUACCAAAAUUGCUGGCAAAGAGGAACGUCGAAUUUCACGCAGUUGAUCUGGAAAUCUACGACAGAAAUCGGCGUUGGAAUUUCCAAGUUCCCUUAUCACGAUACACUGGUCGUAGUCGUCCAAUAUUCUCCUCCUGGUAACCACAAUAUACCAAAAGAAUUCCAGGAAAAUGUUUGCCCACCAAAACCUAUUAGGGGACCAAAGGAAUUAAAGGAAAAUAUAUGCCCGCCGAUUCACACCAGUGCACCAAAUGAAUUCCAGAAAAAUGCAAGUCCGUCCACGCAGUCGGAAAAACAAAAAGCAUCAGAGAAAAUUGAGUGUGUCCCAAAACACAAACACACACCGAAAGAAUGCCAGGAAAAUACAAACCCGUCGAAGCAUACUGGAGUUUCUAAGCAAUAUCAGAAUAAUUUAAAAAGGAACCAACAAAUACAGGAACCAAAACAAUACCAUGCUAGUGGGAUUGAAACUAUUGCAAAUGAAUCUGAUAGACAAGAUCUUGCAAAGGAAAACACAAACGAAGAAAAAGAAAGAAUAGAAAAUAUCGCAGAACGAGAAAAUAGUAUAGAUCAUGUUGGUUUUGAACCUGCUGUGUUUGAUAAAGCACAACCUGAAGACAAUGCAAGUCUGAUUACGAGAACCACUGGUUUUUCGACAGUGAAGAACGAUAACGUGUUUGUCAAUUCAGAUUCUGCACGUGAUAAAGCAACUCCCAUGACUGGUGAACAUAAUGACGGUGUCAUAAGUUGUAUGAAAAACGCCAUCAAAAACGCCCCAAUAGAUGGUGAAAGUCCGACUAAACCUAGACGGAAAAGGGUUAUUCUAUCAAUAUAAUGUAAUAUAUUUACAGAUCGUGACGUUUUAGAUGCAUUUGAUGUAUUUUGUGCUUGUUAACGAAUAAAGUCUGA